AAUCAUGUGACCGCUGGUCCACCGCCAAGAAGUUAUUUAGUAAGUCGUGCUUAAGAUCGCUCGUCUUACCGUGAAGAAUGACGACUCGCCCGGCCGGCGUCGUGCUCCUGUUUUUGUUCUGUUUAAAUGGGGAAACGCACGCCUUCUCUGCGCUCAGGGAGCUGUCAGGGGCUGUGCUAACGGACGGCUGUCCGGACGGGGCCGGACACGGGGCGCGAACGGGAGAGACGCGAGGAGUCCAGCCGCCCCAGCUCAGAGAGAAGUAUUUCCAGCAGACGCUGGACCACUUCAACUUCAACAGCUACGGCAACGGCACCUUCCUGCAGCGCUACCUGAUCGCAGAUCAGUACUGGGACAAAGGUUUCGGACCUAUCUUUUUCUACACUGGCAAUGAAGGGGACAUCUGGGAUUUUGCUCGGAACUCCGGAUUUAUCAUGGAACUGGCCGCUGAACAGCGGGCACUGGCUAUAUUCGCAGAGCACAGAUACUACGGCAAAUCGCUUCCGUUCGGCGAGCAGUCGUUCACGACCCCCAGGGUCGGGCUGCUGACCGCGGAGCAGGCCCUGGCGGACUACGCGCUGCUGAUCGCGGAGCUGCGGGGGCAGCUGGGCGCCACGGCCUGCCCCGUCAUCGCCUUCGGGGGGAGCUACGGAGGGAUGCUGAGUGCCUACAUGAGGCUCAGGUACCCCAACAUAGUGGCAGGUGCUCUGGCUGCCAGCGCCCCAGUUCUUUCUACAGCUGGCCUGGGAGACCCAAAGCAGUUUUUCCGCGACGUGACCUCGGAUUUUGAGCGAUACCGUCCCGCCUGUAAAGACACCGUGAGAAAAGCUUUCCGGAGCCUUAUCGAUCUGUCUCGGGCCCAAGAUUACUGGAGGAUCAAGGAAGAGUUCUCUCUCUGCAAGACCCCUUCCUCCGAGAAGGAUAUGCGCCAGAUGUUUGGGUUCCUGAGGAACGCCUUCACUUUAAUGGCCAUGCUGGACUACCCCUACAGUACUCACUUCAUGGGCGACCUCCCUGCGAACCCGGUGAAGGUCGCCUGCGACACCAUGCUCAACGGGACCGACCCGCUGAGGGCGCUCCGAGACACGGUGGGUAUUGUCUAUAAUUCCACCGGUGAGCUGCGCUGCUACGAUCUCUACACCCUGUACGUCGAGUGCGCCGAUCCGACGGGCUGCGGGCUCGGCUCCAACAGCCUGGCGUGGGAUUACCAGGCGUGUACGGAAAUAGAGCUCUGCUACGAAAGCAACGACGUGACGGACAUGUUCCCCGAGAUGCCGUUCACCGAGCAGGACCGGGAGAGGUACUGUAAGGACAAGUGGGGGGUGGUUCCCAGGCCCGGCUGGCUGAGGACGCAGUUCUGGGGCGACGCUCUCGCCUCCGCCAGCAACAUCAUAUUCUCCAACGGCGAUCUGGACCCCUGGGCCAAUGGAGGAAUCAGAAACUCCCUCAGUCCUACCCUGAUUGCCAUUAACAUUACUGACGGGGCUCACCACUUCGAUUUAAGAGGUUCUGAUGCCGCAGAUCCUGUUUCUGUGAGAGAGGCCCGGAGGACAGAGGCCGAGAUCAUUGCGGAGUGGGUGAAAACCGAAAGGAUGAAAGAGUUUCUUGGACCUGGGCACAAAACCUCUAUGCACUGCAAGUACUGUUUUGGCAAAAACUAAAAAUGACCAUGUAAAAAAAACUUUAAGAACUGGAGACCAUGUAUGGGGGUGGUGGUGGUGGUGGAGGA